AUGGUAGGGCUAGGAAACAGCUGCCGAGGGAUGAAGUCUCCAUCUCUCCUUGUGGCUGUGCUCAUGGCAUGCAUCAUUGUUUUGGGUUUCAAUUACUGGAUUGCAAGUUCUCGCAGCGUGGAUCUGCAGGGUCGGAUCAUGGAACUGGAAGUCAAAGUCCACAGGGCGGCAGUGGAGAGAGGUGCUGUGGAGCUCAAAAAGAAUGAAUUCCAAGGAGAGCUAGAGAAGCAGCGACAGCAGAUUGACAAAAUCCAGUCCUUGCACAGCUUUCAGAUGGAAAAUGCCAACAGAGUACAUCAGGAAGAGAAGGCAGUGCUGAUGAGUAACAUCACAGUAAAUGACCGAGUGAUCCAGAGUCUACGAGAAAACUUGAAAGAGUUACAGACAGAAUAUGGAAAGCUACAGCUGGAUGUUUACUGGUUUCAGAAGAACCAGACUAACCUUCAGAGGAAGUUCUCAUAUGACCUGUCACAGUGUAUCAACCAGAUGAAAGAAUUAAAAGAGCAAUGUGAAGAAAGGGUAGAUGAGCUUACAAAAAAGGGUAGCAAUAUACCACAAAUCAAAGAAAACAAAGACUUCUCAGAAGAUUCAAAAAGGAAUAGCCAGGUCAAUAUUCAACUACCAGCCUUGAAGCAAACCGAGUUCAGGCAGGCUGACUUGGAACAGCAGAAACGCAAUGAAGAUGUGCCUAAAGCAGUACCUACAGUAAAAAAGACAGACUUGCUGCAGGCUAAAGAAAGAAUAAGCGGCCUAGCUGACAGCAGAAGACAGGAGCCUAAGGCAGAAGAGGAGAAGCUUUCUAGUCAACUGAAAAACCCACAGGAUUCGCUCAAGGCUGCUGCAGGUCCUAAGGAGAUGCUGCCUGAGUCAGAGAAGGAGCUGACUCCAUCUGAAGAUGAAAAACAUGUAGCUGGGCAAGAUGCAUUACAGCUGGCAGCAGAGCAGGCUGCUAGCGAGGAAGUCGAGAGGGAGCACCUCCUAAAUUAUGAUACUAAGCAGGAUGACUCGCCCACUGGAAAGGCUGACAAACAAGAACAUGAAGCACUGAACCAGGACAGGGAUGUUGCUUACAAUUUAGAUGAGAAUGAAGCUGAAUCAGAAAUGGACAAGGAAGCAGCACUUGCAGGGAUUGAAAAUGUUCAAAACCCUGAAGAUAUGAAGAACCACUUAUCUGUGCAUGAUGAACGACAGAGAUUGUGAGCAAAGGAGGUUCAUCAUGCAACCUAGUCACCUCUUCAUAUAAAUGCAGCAACGAUGACAGCAAAGUGAUCUGAGAAUGUUUUGAUUAUCUUCUCAAGUCUUCAAUAAGGGCCCAAAUGAAGUAGUAUUUUCUUGUGAAGUUUUAGUACUGUUUCAGUGGUGAAAAAAAAUCAUCUUAAAUCUCUGAAGGCUUGUUUUAAAACACCUUGACCUCUGCAAUGACUCUUUCCUUCCUACCAAUUCCAGUAUUGAAAUUAGCUAGCAAUAAGUGUCGUAACUUUGCAGUUAGC